CCUUAACGAGUUAGGUUUUACAAAAUAUUUUAUAUAAAUAAGUAAAUUUGCGUUGAAAAAGAAUUUUCUAACAUUGAAAAGAAAACAAUUGACGGCAGGUACUGUAUUGAAGAAUUUGAAAAAUGGGGAUGGGAAGCAAUGGAGAAGUGGUGAUCUUCACAGACACAAGCAUUGACACGCACAUUGCGCUCUCCGUCUCUCCAGAUAUAACUGCUGCUGAUUUCAUGAGAGAGCUUGAGACAACACACUACACUUGCCUCCCAACUGUGGGAGAAAUCAAAGCUCAUGCGUUAAUGGUGAGAAAGAGGAAGCGGUUUUACCGUUUGUCGGAGUCUCUGCCUUUAAAGUGUGUUUUCCAGGGUGUGAAAGGAGCAUGGUUCCUUCACGUGCAAGUGGAAAAGGUCGCGGCCAGAGUGGCAGCAGCAUCAGCUUGCUGUGAUCCUCGAAGCUCAUCCACACGCAUUAAGCGAAGUGUUGCAGUUGGGAGCCGUAUUAUGACGGCUGCAAAUAACAUCAGACUCUCCGGGAACAAACCAAAACCUAUUCUUUCUUUCUUUGCACUCAGAGCUGUUUCUACCUUUCCAAUGUUUGAGAUCAGUGACAGUGACCACUAGCAAAUAGAACUACUUUCUUUUUUUGUCUAGUCUGUUACAUUUUUAAAGAAAGCUUGGAGAGUAGUAAAAACAGACUCAAUUGGCUUCCGGAACAAUAUUUUGGCAUCCGACGCCUGAGCAACAAGGCUCUUAUUGGCUUUGAAAAGAUGUAGGCAGAGGCGGAAGAUGCGCCUGAAACUGCAGGGAUAGAAAAUUAUUUGCGUCACGAGAUGCAACAUCAGCAGAACUACGUAGGAUAAUUGAUUUUGGGGUUACAGUGUUGCACAUUAUUUAGAUUUUGCUCAAUUGUAUGCAAACAUCACUAUUGGCUAUUUAGGUCUAUUUUUAUUUUAUUUGAACUAGAAAAAUAGUUAUUCUUCGUGAGGUCAUGAACUGGGCCACAAACAUGAACUGGAGUUCGGUUAGUUUUUCAGGCGACGCCAUUCUGGUUUCCUAGGCUGUCAAUUCUGGCCUUUGCGCCUCGGCAGUCAACUGGGGAACUGUCAAGAUAUUUGACACCUUAGGCCUUUGUUUAAUUCAUGUUCUUUCGCUUAUAUUAGUAGAUCUCAGAAUCGUCUGGCGCAUAACUUGGCCCAAGAGGCCAAAGCCAGAUACAUUUCGUUAUGUUCCUAUAGUUCUAGGUUGUAAUCUUUGCCACUUCUAUCUAUUUUCUAUCUUAAAUACAACAAUACAUUUUCA